GUGUGUGUGUGUGUGUGUGUUUUCUGUGCGAGACCAAAGCAGGUGCUGACUUUACAUAGCAAGGAGGACGUUCCCCAGUUUUUUUUUUCUUCUUCUUCUUUUGAAGCCUCCUGUGAAAUGGUACAGAUGAAAGGAAAGUGCUUGUCAGCUGUUUGCUGGAGACCACUGCAUUUCCUCUUGGCUGCUGUGGAGUAGAAGAUCAGGGCUCUGUAGCCCUCCCCCUUGUGAUUGGCUGUCACACUUUAGGCUCAACCCCCUUACCCCCCUCGCUCUCCUCUCUCUUUCUCCCCUUCACCGUCCUCUGCUCCUUACACUGUCCUCAGGCAUACCUGAGCCACCGCUGCAGAAACACUGGACCCCCCCCUCCUCCUCAUUCGCGCACUAACAUAUCCACACACACACACUCGCAAGAGCACCCACGCUCUCUCUGUUCCACACACACAGUCUUUCACCUGGAGAGGGCAGGCGCAAGGGACGACAUGUGCAGCAGCAGCAGCAGCAGCAGUCUGUCUCCACAUCCAGCACUGCCUCUCUGAGUUGCCUCUUUCCGGAGAGUGGAAGGGGGGGGGACGACAGAAUUUUUUUUUUUUUUUUUUUUUUUUUUUUUUUUGAGCUUUUUGUUGUUGUCUCUCGGCGAAAGCAGGAGAGACUCGGGCAAGUGGGGGGAAACACCUGCCAACCCCAGGGGAUACCAAAGGCAACACAAACCCACACAGCAUGAUUCUGGGAGGCAUUAAUCGAGCCGGGGCAGCAGUGCCGACGUUCCUGCGGACCCCCACGGUGAUCCAGCCCCACCUGGACAUGAAGCCCUUCCUACAGUUUCCUAUGGAAAGCCCACCUCCUCCGCACAGCAUGAGUCUCUUCCACAACUUCAACACCAUGGACCCCGUGCAGAAGGCUGUGAUAAACCACACCUUCGGAGUGCCGCUGGUCAAGACCAAGCGGCCGGUCAUCUCCUGCAACGUCUGUCAGAUCCGCUUCAACUCAGAGAGCCAGGCGGAGGCCCAUUACAAGGGGAACCGCCAUGCCAGGAGAGUCAAAGGCAUUGAAACGUCCAAGAGUCGCCCCCAGGAGGGGGACAAGCCUCACGCCCUGACCCAGACCUCAUCCCCGUCUCCACCUGGAGCCCCUGGCAUUUCCCAGGAUUGUGAUCCUGGCAAAGCAGAUGAUACACGACCUCUGUCGCAGUUAAGCGAGCCCCUUCUGGCUUCAGGGCCCCUUCCCUCACUACCCAAUCCACCCACCCCGCCCAUGGAUUCCCCCCUGACGUCAGUGUGCCCACUUCUUCCAACUCAGACUCUCCCCUUGGUCCCCCCGGCCAGCUCCUCCCCCGGCUGCGGCAGCGCCAGCUCAGACCAGCCCGGGUCUGGACCACCAGCUUCAGGAGUGUCAGCCGCUCCAGCUUCCAGCAGCCCGUCCAACCCGGAGACGGAGGAAGACAAGGCCAAAAAGCUGCUGUACUGCUCACUGUGCAAGGUGGCUGUCAAUUCACUCUCACAGCUUGAAGCCCACAACAAAGGCACUAAACACAAAACCAUACUGGAGGCACGAAGCGGGCUUGGUCCUAUUAAGGCGUACCCUCGCCUGGGUCCAAAGCCCAGUGGAGAGCAGGGAGGGGGGCCAGUGGACCCCAACACUCAGGAACGAACCUUCCACUGUGAGAUUUGCAACGUGCGGGUGAACUCUGAACUGCAACUCAAACAGCACAUAUCAAGCCGGCGGCAUCGGGACGGCAUGGCAGGAAAGCCUAACCCCCUCCUCAGCCGACAUAAGAAGCACAGGGGCGCGGAUCUGACGUCUUCUUUGACCUUCUCCAAGGAUCUCACCAAAGCUUUGGGUGCGGGGCUGUUGCCCAACCCGUUGGCCGUCGCCGCAGCCAUGGCCGCGGCUGCAUCCUCGAACCCGCUGGCUCUCCGCGCAGCUGCCCCUGGCCCUCACCACCACCCCCACCACCUCUUGCAAGGCCCACCUCUCAGCCACGCCAUCUUGAGACCCGCCCCUGGGCCCAUCCGCACCACCCAUGGGCCGAUCCUCUUCUCUCCUUACUGACACAUCGUCCUGUGACUUCAUCCCGUCAGAAACAUCCACUCCAAAAGCACACUGUGAAGCUAGAAAAAAAUAAUAAUAAAAAAAAAAGAUCAACAAACAGCAAUUGUUAAGGGGGGAAACAUCCAAUAGUUUAAAUGUCUGAUAGAAUAGCAAGGGAAAGGAACAGUGGGAAGGAGUACAAGUAUUAUGUGUCUCUUUUUCCCUUUACCUAAAACUCUCCGCUCACUCGCCUUCUUUUUCAAAGGACUUCUGAUGGCUCUGUAGAAAAGAUGAGUGAAGGAGAGGAUUCAUUAUGCAUCGUACUCUCUUGUACAUUUCCCAUUUUCCCUAGUCCUUCCCUUGCACUGUGGCCAAAACGACGCCACCUCAAUAUAGAAAAAAAAAAAAA